AUGGCGCUGGUGCUCGACGGCCGCGGCUUUCGGGACAUCACCUUCAGCGACGCGGUGAAGCUGCAGACGGAGACGGUGAGGGCCGACUGGCCAGUCAAAGGCCCUCGGACGCUGCCCUGGGUCCUCGGGUUCAUGCUGCGCAUGGCUGGAGGUGCUAUGGCAUGGCACAAUAGAUGGAUUGCGAUGAUGCAGCUAGGAGAGUCCGACGAGAACGUGAAGCUCCACGAGACCUUGUGCCGCGUGCUAGAGGCCGCCCUCUGCCGCGACCAGCUGGUGAUAUGCGAGCUGGCCUCUUACGAGUACCUCGCCCGUCAGCUUCAGUUGGUAGAGCGCGUGUUCGAGGAGCGCGCGCGCAGGAGCCAGCCCGUGCCGAAGGCCAAGGCUCAGGCCAAGGAGCUGGGGGCUGCGGGCUUCGGUUCAGAGGUCGGCCACUUCUUCGGCGCGGGUGAGACGAAAGGGAACGUGUGCAUCUGUCCUGCUUUGAUGGAUUGGAUCGCCGAUCAGAUGAAGAUGGAAGCAUCUGUCGCGAAAGAACGCCGCAAGGCUCGUGAGGAGCGAGCCUUGACCCUGGCCAGGAUGGGCCUCACGAGCCUGUUCCCGUCGCUCGUGAGCCUGGCCAGGAUUGCCCAGAGGCCCUCGCGCCUCCGCCUGGUCUGGACGCGCCCACGCGUGGUGCCGAUCGCCAGCGCGACGUUUUUCCGCUACCUCGUCUUCCUGUGGAUGGGCGCCGCCAUCUUCCGCUGGGCCGCGUUGCUCGUCUGCGCGCUGCCAAAGGUCGGUGGCGACCCGCCCGCCGUGCAGGCUGCCUCGGUGGACUACCUCUCGAGCCUGCAUCGGGAGUUCGAGCUGCCUGCCGCCUACUCGGAGAGGAGCAGCGCCUGCGAAGCACCCCUGGUAGAGAUGCUCGCUCAGGCUCCUGGCUACGCUGGUGACAGCGGUCGGGUCCGCCCCUACAGCCAGCCUCUCGCGGCCUGGCCCAAGUCGACGAAGGCUGUGUCCAUCUCCGACGUCGUCUCGGAUGCCGGCUCCAUCGCGCUGCAGGGUUGGAGGCAGACUACGCUGAAUUCCGAGUCGGUUGCUGCGGGGCUCCGCGACGCGCUGGGCAUUCAGCGCCCGUACGUCGAUCCCGAGCUUCGCUAUCAGCCUAAGUCUCACGCUCAGUUUUCGAAGCAGCUGGAGGCUCACGACAUGAUAUCAUGGAGAGCCGCCAGUUCUCAGUCUUCUCACACAAUCGGUUUGUUCUUCGUGGAGAAAUCCAAUCACGUGCUUAGGCUCGUGUUUGACACUAGGCUGGCUAACUGCAGCUUUGCCACGCCGCCAGCCACCAAGCUUCCCACGCCCAGUGCGUGGGCCAGUGUCGAUUGCGACGACAGCUUCGUUUUUGCACAAGGCGAUAUUCAAUGUGCCUUCUACCACUUGCGCUUGCCUCCAGGGAUGGAGUCGCUGUUCUCGCUGCCCGCGAUCUCCAAUCGUCACAUCGGCCUCACAUCGAUUAAUGGGAGGCCCGUCGGUAUCCACGGUUUUGUGCAGCCGUUGGUCACAGUUGUUCCCAUGGGUUGGAGCUGGGCCCUUCACUUUUGUCAGAGCGCCCUCGUUCGUGCCUUAACCGACGCUGGAUUCGACAGUGGGGACAUGAUCGUGGACGGAGGCUUGCCUGUCCUGGAGUUCUCGGAGGCCGUCAGUAAGGGUGUCUUCACGGGCUUGCAGAUUGACGGCGACCCCCCCCCCGACCUGGUCUCGGAGGUUGGCCGCGCGGCCGAGAAGUGGAGGCGGCUCUCUGGCGUCACCCUGGCAUGCGGGCUGCGGCUGCUGGUCCGAUGGGUGCCCUCUGAACGGAAUGUCGCCGACAAGCCGUCGAGGGAGGGCUUCUUCGUCGGGCCGAGCUUCGAGGAGGUGAUCAAGACCGCGAGGGCUCGGAAGACCCACCCUGGGCCCUCCAGUCUCUCGCGAGGGAGUCUCUCAGUGCUGGAGGCGCCAGCCGUCUCGGCCUCCACGGGCAGGAAUUACCACGAUUGCGCCCAGAAGUUUCUGAGCUGGUGCCUGUGGACCGCGCGGGACUUCUCCUGCUGCGUCGACCUGGACACCGUGCUGGCGGUGUACUUCGUGCAUUUGUUCCUGGACGGGUACGACAGCGCGACGGGCCGCACCACGCUGGCCGCCCUGAAGCACCAUCUCCCCUCGAUGCUGGUCGGGAGUCGGCCGCUGCCGCGGGCGUUUUCGGGCGCUGCAAGGAUGCGCCUUCCGCUGCCUCGGGUGGCGAUGUUCGCGAUUGUGGGCGUCCUCCUGGCGCAGGGCCGCCUGUCCGAGGCGGUGUUCGUGCGACUGGCCUUCGACACUUACCUCCGCCCGAGCGAGGCCUACCGCCUCACGGCCGCCUCGCUCAUCGCCCCGCGCGUCGGGUCGAGGGGCGGCUACCAGCACUGGGCCAUCCUGGUCAACGACGCAGCCAGCGGCAGACCUGGCAAGACGGGGGUGACCGACGAGAGCGCGAUCGUGGACGACCCGUCGUUGUGGCCGCUGCUGGCCGCGCUGCGCGACGGGAGGCGGCCCGAGGCGAACUUGUGGACGUUCUCGCCCGAGCAGGUCCGCCAGGCCUUCCGAGCGGCGCUGGCGAUGCUGCAGCUCGACGGCGAGCAGACGUCGCUGCACUCCCUUCGGCGCGGAGGGGCGUCCGACGAUCUCCUAUCGGGCCGUCGGACGCGCAAGGAGGUCAAGGACCGCGGGCGCUGGCGGACGGAUCAAUCCCUGAACCGCUAUGGGAAGCGGGCGCGGAUGCAGCAGCGGCUGGGGCUGCUCUCACCCGCGCUGGUGGACUUCGGCGACAAGGUCGAGGCCAGGCUGCUGCAGCUGAUGGAGGUGACGGCGAGGACGGGCAUCUUCCCGCUCCGCCUGCCGCCCCUGGUGCCCGCGUCGGCGCCGGCUGCAGAGAAGACUGCGCCCAAGCUGACCGAUCAGUGGAGGUUCGACUGA